AUGAGACAACGAAAGUUGAGCAAAGCUGCUACGAAAGAGCAUAAACCGGAGACGCAAACAAAGAUCAUCGCGAAACCUAAGAAACCAGCACCUGUCCAAAGUAAAACAACAACCCCGAAAAAGCCGAUAACAGGGAAAGCAGCUGUGAAGCAGCCCGUAAAGCAGCCUGCAAAACAGCCGGCUAAGCCAGUUGUGAAAAAGGCGGACAAUCUUAGAAACAUAAUGAAACUCUAUGAGUCUAGUAGUUCGGAAAGUGAAAGCAAAUCAGGUAAAGAAGGCGGAAAGAUGGAAAUCCCACCAAAUGCACUAAAAAAACAAGAAAAACAAGAUUUAAUGUUUGGAGGACUUGUUCAUCUUUAA